AUGCGUUUCCCAAUGCGACUCCUUUUGUUCUUGGUGCCGUUCCUUGCGGUGUUCUCUUUGGCGCUGGCGGAGCCCGAGAUGCACACCACUGUCGGUUUCGAGAGUCUACCUCAGGCGCAACACCCAGCUCAAAAACCCGUUGCUGCAUCGAACGCAGCAUCCUCGUAUGCAUUUGCGGCAAGCCAGCCCAUGCAGGCUGCUUCAGAGGCCGGCUCAGCUGAACGUCCUGUCGGCAAGAUGGUUAUUGCCGUGCUCGUUUCCGGUGUGCUAUUCGGACUCGGCAUGGGGAUGUGA